GACCAGAAAAAAUAGAAGGCCUCACCCACUCUAAACUUUCCACUGACUGAAGAGUUAAAAGCUUUUAAGCAGGCAAGACGAAAGAGUGGUAGAAACGGCAAAACUGCAGUUAAAGAGUUGUCAUACCCAAAUCGAGUUCUAUGGAGUCUUUGCCCUCAUUUCACACAAGCACGUUGGCUUUUACCUUUGCAUCAUUUUCGGAUGAGUAGAUUAAGUCAAGGAGGAAGUUGCAAGAAGUGAAAAAGCUAAUCGAAUUACCAAAGCUGGAAUUUCAGGAGACAAGAUAAGUUCCAUUGGAUGAGACAAGUUAAAGAGAUGGCUGUAGAAUUCGUCAAUGCCCUUAAUGCUGCUGCAGCUGCUGAGUUGGUGCUGUUGAUAACUUUACAGAGUGAAUGUGCUAAACUGAGGAGGCUGCUGGAGGAACAGAGAAAGCUUAUGCAAAGGCUUAAAGAAGAAAAAGAAGAAGAAGCACAAAUGGCCAGGAGAAAAAUUGAAAGGAUGAGUCAACGAUUAGCCGAGGCUCAAAAAGAUGUUGAGUACGCUUCGGCUAGAGCUGAUGUUGCUGAGAAUGAAUGGGUUAAGUUGAAGAGAGAAUUGCAAGAAGCUCUACAGUUUGUGGAAUUGCUAAAGCCAGAAAGUAAGGAGAUGACACAAAGUGUACUGAGACAGGUUGAUGACAAAGAACUAGAGUUAGCGAAUGCCAUUAAUGCUGCUUCAAUUGCGGAGAGUGAAUGUGAUAAACUGAGGAGAAUGCUGGAAGAAGGGCGAAAACUUGUCCAAGGGCUUAAACUUGAGAAAGAUGAUGAGGCUCAACUGGCCAAGAGACAAAUUGAAGAGCUAGGUCAAGAAUUAGGUGAUGCUCGAAAAUACGCUGAGUACAUGACUCCUAGGGCUGAUGUUGCUGAGCAUGAAUGUGCUAAGCUGAAGAGAAUGCUGGAAGAAGAGCAAAAAUUUGUACAAAGGCUUAGAAUUGAGAAAGAUGAUGAGGCGCAGCUAGCCAAGAGGCAAAUUGAAGAGAUUGAUAAAAAAUUAGCCCUUGCUCAAAAAGAUGCUGAGCUAGCUCGAAAAGAUGCUGAUGCUGCUGAGAACGAAUGGACUAAGGUGAAGAGAGAUUUGAAGAACAUGGAAGAGCAUGUCAAAUUGAUGGAGUUGCAAUGUCAAGAGACAAGAGAAAGGGCUAGCAGGCCAGAUGAAGAGAAGGCGCUGGAGUUAGCCAAUGCCCUUAAUGCUUCUGUGAUAGCUGAGAGUGAAUGUGCUAAACUUAAAAGAAUGCUGAUAGAGGAAGGAAAAACUGUCCAAAGGCUUAUAAUUGAGAAAGAUGAUGAGGUAGAACUAGCCAAGAGACAAAUUGAAAAGAUGGGUCAAGAACUAGCCUAUGCUCGAAAAGAAGCUCAAUAUGCUCGAAAUGAUGCUGACAUUGCCGAGAAUGAAUGGGGCAAGGUGAAGAGAGAGUUGAAGGAAAAGAAAGAGCUUGUUGAACUGCUAACGUUGGAAAUUCAGGAGACAAGACAAAUAUUAGAGGAUGCUCGAAAAGAAGCUGAAUAUGCUCGAAAUGAUGCUGACAUUGCUGAGAAUGAAUGGGGCAAGAUGAAGAGAGAGUUGAAGGAAAAGGAGGAACUUGUCGAACUGCAAGAGUUGGAAAUUCAGGAGAUAAGACAAUUAUUAAAGGAUGCUCGAAAAGAAGCUGAAUAUGCUCGAAAUGAUGCUGACAUUUCUGAGAAUGAAUGGGGCAAGGUGAAGAGAGAGUUGAAGGAAAAGGAGGAACUUGUCGAACUGCAAGCGUUGGAAAUUCAGGAGACAAGAGAAUUAUUAAAGGAUGCUCGAAAAGAAGCUGAAUAUGCUCGAAAUGAUGCUGACAUUUCUGAGAAUGAAUGGGGCAAGGUGAAGAGAGAGUUGAAGGAAAAGGAGGAACUUGUCGAACUGCAAGCGUUGGAAAUUCAGGAGACAAGAGAAUUAUUAAAGGAUGCUCGAAAAGAAGCUGAAUAUGCUCGAAAUGAUGCUGACAUUUCUGAGAAUGAAUGGGGCAAGGUGAAGAGAGAGUUGAAGGAAAAGGAGGAACUUGUCGAACUGCAAGCGUUGGAAAUUCAGGAGACAAGAGAAUUAUUAAAGGAUGCUCGAAAAGAAGCUGAAUAUGCUCGAAAUGAUGCUGACAUUUCUGAGAAUGAAUGGGGCAAGGUGAAGAGAGAGUUGAAGGAAAAGGAAGAACUUGUCGAACUGCAAGAGUUGGAAAUUCAGGAGAUAAGACAAUUAUUAAAGGAUGCUCGAAAAGAAGCUGAAUAUGCGCAAAAUGACGCUGACGUUGCUGAGAAUGAAUGGGGCAAGGUGAAGAGAGAGUUGAAGGAAAAGGAAGAGCUUGUCGAGCUGCUAAAGUUGGAAAUUCAGGAGAUAAGUCAAAUGUUAGAGGAUGCUCGAAAAGAAGCUGAAUAUUCUCGUAAUGAUGCUGACAUUGCUGAGAAUGAAUGGGGCAAGGUGAAGAGAGAGUUGGAGGUAAAGGAAGAUCUUGUUGAGCUGCUAAAGUUUGAAAUUCGGGAGAUAAGACAAAUAUUAGAGGAUGCUCGAAAAGAAGCUGAAUAUGCCCGAAAUGAUGCUGACAAUGCUGAGAAUGAAUGGGGCAAGGUGAAGAGAGAGUUGGAGGUAAAGGAAGAUCUUGUUGAGCUGCUAAAGUUUGAAAUUCGGGAGAUAAGACAAAUAUUAGAGGAUGCUCGAAAAGAAGCUGAAUAUGCCCGAAAUGAUGCUGACAAUGCUGAGAAUGAAUGGGGCAAGGUGAAGAGAGAGUUGAAGGAAAAGGAAGAGCUUAUCGAACUGCUAAAGUUGGAAAUUCAGGAGGGAAGACAAAUAUUAGAGAAUGCUCGAAGAGAAGCCGAGCAUGCUCAAAAUGAUGUUGACAUUGCUCAGAACGAAUGGAUUAAAGCCAAGAAAGAUUUGCAAGAAAAGCUUGAGCUGAUACGGUUGCUAAAGCUGGACUGUCAGGAGACUAGAGAAAGUGCGAAGAGACAGGUUGAAGAAAAAGAACUAGAGUUAGCUGAUGCCCUUAAUGCUGCCACUGCUGCACCAUCGAGUUCUGCUGCUGCCCAGGAGUGUGUAAUUUGUCUGACCAAUGAAAAGGACAUGGCCUUUGGAUGUGGACACAUGACUUGUGAAGAAUGUGGGACAAUGCUGGACACGUGUCCUAUAUGUCGGGUGGAGAUAACCGGUCGCAUCAAACUGUAUCCUGGAUGACAGGGUAUGUUU